ACACUGCAGAAAAAAGCUCCAGGCCACAGAUGACCUCAAGUGGAACCAUGGGCCUUAAUUGUGGAAUUCCAUCAUUGAUCAUCCUGCUGUUUAUAUCAGUUUCAGGUACACUGGAUGUCAAUGUGUCCUGCAGUCUUCAGACUAUCUGUGCUCUGAGGGAAUCAGAGGUGGACCUGAAUUGCUCUUACUCAAACAUCACCAUCAAAACUGUCUUCUGGUUCAGCUUUAAAGAGAAAGCUAAAUGGAGGAAUGAGGAACAUCCAGAGGAUUUAGCUUUAGACCCAGACUAUGCAGGACGAGUGAACACUGAGAUCACAAACUCCAGCUCAACUCUUACAAUCAGGGAGCUGAGAGAGAGAGACUCAGGAGGAUAUCACCUCAUGAUCAUUACAGAAAAAGGAGAGGAACAUCUCAGCUCAACAGCUAUCAAUCUAACAGUUGCAGACCUGCAGUUAAGGACGAACUCACAGCCCAAACGGACACUGACCUGUAUCACUUCCUGCAAUUUGACCUCUGGAAUUAAUUCUUACACUUGGUACAAGGAUGGACAAAAAGUGAAAGGUGCAAAUCAGAUAUCUUUGGUUUUAUCCAGCAAGGAUGUUGGCAGCUACUCCUGCUCCGUAGUUAGCAGCUAUGAAGAAAUCCACUCUAAUGCAGUGUGUGUGCUUGAUCAGGACUGUUGGAUUGUGACCUACAGAGACAGAAGAGUGUGUGUUUUGGAGGGUUCUUCAGUGGAUUUUCCCUGCACUUACUCACAUCCCAGUGGUUAUAACAUUAAUGAAGCAUUCUGGCAUUCCAGAUGGUUUGAGGAGGAGCCAAUGGAUCUGCAUCAGGAAAAGAACUUUGCUGGUCAAGUGGAGUACAUUGGAGAUAAAGAGAGAAACUGCACUCUGAGAAUGAAAGGUGUGAAAAAGAAUGACUCUGGAGAUUAUUACUUUCGAUUCAUCACAAAAACUAAAGGAGGGAAAUUCUCUGGUAGACCUGGAGUCAUUCUGAAUGUUACAGAUCUGCAGGUGAGAGUGAUUUCCAGCACAGCAUCAGAUGGGACCACAAUAACACUGAUCUGUAGCAGCACUUGCACUCUGCCUAACAACCCCACUUACAUCUGGUACAAGAACAGACAGCCUGUAACUAACAAACUCACCAGAGACAACAAGCUGUACCUAAAGUGCAGUGAAGUUGCAGCAAACUACUCCUGUGCUGUGAGAGGACAUGAGGAGUUCCGCUCACCUGAUCAAACACUCAGUGACUGUCGAGAGGAGAGCCCAGGGUCAAAGCUGGUCACAGCGGCAGUGGUGGUCUUUCUGGCACUAAUACUCAGCAUAGCAGCUCUGUGGAUGUACUGGGUGAUCAGGAGGAAGAGAGGAGCAGAGAGAGACUUAGAUAUUCAGACUCCAGAUCCUGCAGACCACACAUACACAGCUCUGGAUCUCACCUACAGGACCUCAGAUUAUGAGACUCUGACACAUCUUACAGACUCUCCCAGUGACACAUACACAGCCUUAAACCCUGAAACCAUGAGCUCUGAUUAUGGCACUCUCACAAAUGUAACAGGCUCUCACAAUGACACAUACACAGCUCUGAACCCCGCGACCAUGUCCUCAGAUUACGACACUCUGGCAGUAAGUCUACAGUAG